UUUUUUUUUUUUGGUUUCCUUAUAUUUCAUUUCUCUUACCAUUGUUUUCAAAAACAAAAAAAAAACACUCCUAUUCCAAUUCUAAUUCGUACUACAAACACAAACUCUCUGUGUGUGUCAGUCAUCACCUUCAGCAUCCUCAGCUCUCUCACUCUCUCUCUUUCUCCCUCUAUGGUUCGAUCAUGUCCUCCCUUUUUCGCUGACUAUGGUUAGAGAAAGUCAGGGAAGUCUCUUCUUUGUUCAGCCAUCUUUUAUUGUUUUUUGAAGGGUUUUUGUUACCUUGAUUUGGGACCCUUUUUUUUUUUUUUUAAAAUUUUUUUAUAUCAAUUUUGUCUUUUUGUUUGUUUGUUGGUAGUAGUACCAUUUCUAUGUUCAUUGAAUUCUAGUAUUUCAAGUACUCUUAGAAUUUCCUAGAUAAUCUUGUUAUCCUUUUUUUCAAAAUUUUAUUUCUAUUAAAAAAAAAAAAACUCUUGUUCUUCACUCCAUCUUAUUGUUCUGGUUUGGUUGAUACCACUACUUGGAGCUCUGCAAGCAAUCUUCAGUUUUUUCAGUCAGAUCAGGUCUAAAGUGCAAAAAUUAUGUGCCAAAUGAAUUCCAAGGGCAUAUUCAAGGAGAUGAUGGGCGCAACAAAUGACAGUGAGAAAAGAAAAAUAUCCAAGGGUCGCCGAGAUUUGGCAUCAAUUCAAGAAGCUUGCGCUGGAGGAAGCUUGGGAGUAGGGGGUGGUUUGAAGAAAGGCCCAUGGACAUCAGCAGAAGAUGCAAUUUUGGUGGAAUAUGUUAAAAAGCAUGGAGAGGGGAACUGGAAUGCUGUCCAGAAGCACUCAGGACUUUCCCGGUGUGGAAAAAGCUGCCGUCUAAGAUGGGCAAAUCAUUUAAGACCAGAUUUAAAGAAGGGUGGGUUCAAUCCAGAGGAAGAGCGCCGUAUCAUUGAACUCCAUGCUAUGAUGGGAAACAAAUGGGCUCGAAUGGCUGCAGAGUUGCCUGGACGUACUGAUAACGAGAUAAAGAAUUACUGGAAUACAAGGAUUAAGAGACUGCAACGAGCUGGUGCACCAAUUUAUCCACCUGAAGUGUGUUUACAAGUAUUGAAUGGGAGUCGAGACAACCAAAAGAGUACUUUGCCAAUGGGGGACGCACACCAUCAUGAUCACUUGCAGGGAGAUGAUUUGGAGAUUCCAGAUGUGAAAUUCAAAGAUUUGGAUCUUGAUCAUGAGUAUCUCUCUUAUUCGCCAAAACUUCUUGAUAUUCCUGCAAGCAGCUUGCUCAAACAAGGUAUUGGUUCAUCCUGUCCAUAUAACUUCAAGAUCCCAACAAUUUAUCCCUUCAAACGCCUCCGAGAGUCAGAGACCAUGUUCCCUGGUCUGGAUGUUAGUGUCAGUGGUGCUCUUCCAGUAUUCAAUCACUACAUGGAUAAUACUUAUGAGAAUGUUGCUGAACCCUUUAACUUGCCUUAUAUAACUUUUCCUGAUCAUAACACCAAUGACCAGUUACCAUCAGGUGUUCUUCCUGGCAGCCAUGCCCUUUUAAAUGGCAAUUCUUCUUCUUCCAAGCCCAUAUCUGAGGCUAUGAAGUUGGAGCUCCCUUCACUCCAAUAUUCAGAAACUCAACCUGGCAGCUGGGGCACCCCUGCUUCCCCACUGCCUUCACUUGAGUCUGUUGAUAGUUUGAUCCAGUCUCCUCCAACAGAGCAGACUCAUUCAGAUUGUCUUUCACCAAGGAGCAGUGGUUUGUUGGAAGCCAUACUCUAUGAGUCGCAGACUUUAAAAGGCUCAAAGAACUCACCCCAGCAAACAUCAGACACUUCUGUCAUGCCAGCGGAUGUGGUGGAAAGUUUGCCCAUGAAUCCCUGUAAGACAAAAUGGGAGGCACAUGGUGAGCCAAAUUCACCUCUAGGUCAUUCUGCUGCAUCAGUAUUCAGUGAAUAUACUCCUCUAAGUGGAAGCUCCAUGGACGAAUACCAAUCAGUCGAAACUGUGCUGGGGUGCAGUAGUAUGCCUGAAACAGUCAAUCAGGAUCGAACCCAUUAUGUCAUUAAGAAAGAAAUUUCAACUCAGGGAGACUUUACCAGGCCUGAUGCUUUACUUGACCUGGGUUGGUUUGGGCAUAUUAAUGAGCAUGGUAAGGAUCAGUCCACUCUUACAGAUGCCAUAGGGGCACUUCUUGGUGAAGAAUAUAGCAAUGGCUACUAGCAAAUUGGUGCUGUGACUAUUGCAUAUAUUAAGAAUGGAUGUGACUUUGAUAUUGCGCAUGAGAGAACUCUUCUUGACUACUAUAAACUUUUUGAAGAUUAUUGAAAUCUUCCUGGAACUUUAGUCAUCUUUGAAACUAUUUGUUAUAAUUGAUAGGGAGUUUAUUCUCAAACUUUAUGCUGUUGGUGGAAAGUUUUUAUGGUAUUGUUGUUCCUUUGCACAUUAUGGUUGUUGGUUGGUUGUACUUUGGUGCUGAACUUGGAAGACAAGGUUUUAGUAAUAAUAUAAUGCACAUGUUCUACCCAAGAGGUGCGUGCAAA